GCCGCUAGCGAUCCGCGGUUCUCGCCGCCGCCCUUCUGCCCGGAGAAGUUUAACUCGGGAGCGGCGCAGUAGCACGGCCCGCCGCGGCGGGGCAUACAGCUGCGGCGGGAGUCGCCACGCCCGGGGCCACCGCGGGACAGGAGGUCGUCUCCAGCGGGAGGCGGCGGUGGGGACGCACCGGGGUCGGCAGCACUCUGGGAGCUGCCCCGGCCGCGCCAUGGCAGCGCGGUCCCGGAGGCCCUGGCUGAGCGUGGUACUGGGGCUAGUACUGGGUUUCACCGCCGCCUCCUGGCUUAUCGCUCCCAAAGUGGCCGAGCUGAGCGAGAAGCGGCGCGGCGCCAGCAUCUGCUCUUACUACGCCCGCUCGGCGGGGCCGGGGGCGGCCGGGGGCGCAGCGGCGCCAGGCGGGCAGCAGGCGCCGCCGGAGGCAGCGGUGGUACUGGGCGGCACGAGUUUCAGGAGCAGCGCCUGGGAGCUGCCGCCGGCAGCGGCGGAGCUGGGCGGCACGGUUUCCAGCCCCGCAGCCGGCGGGGAAGGAGACCCAGAGGAAGAGGAGGAAGGUGGCGAAAAGCGGAGCGGCCGACCCGGCAGCAGCCACAACGGGAGUGGGGACUGGGGGGGCGCCCCGGGCUGCGCCAAGCCUCGCAACUUCCUUUAUGUGGGGGUGAUGACGGCCCAGAAGUACCUGGGCAGCCGGGCGGUGGCUGCACAGCGAACGUGGGCACCCUCGGUGCCGGGCCGCGUGGAAUUCUUCUCCAGCCAGGGCUCCGCCGCCCCCCCCGGGCUGCCUCCGCUGCCCGUCGUCGCCCUGCCCGGCGUGGACGACUCCUACCCGCCGCAGAAGAAGUCUUUUAUGAUGAUCAAGUACAUGCACGACCACUACCUGGACAAGUACGAGUGGUUCAUGCGGGCGGACGACGACGUUUACAUUAAAGGUGAAAAAUUGGAAGAGUUUCUUCGCUCACUGAAUAGCAGUAAACCUCUGUAUUUGGGGCAGACUGGUCUGGGUAAUAUUGAAGAACUUGGAAAACUUGGACUGGAGCCAGGAGAGAAUUUCUGCAUGGGAGGGCCAGGAAUGAUCUUCAGCCGGGAGGUUCUCAGGAGGAUGGUGCCACACAUAGGUGAAUGCCUUCGAGAAAUGUACACCACUCAUGAGGAUGUGGAAGUGGGCAGAUGUGUCCGAAGGUUUGGAGGAACCCAGUGUGUUUGGUCAUACGAGAUGCAGCAACUGUUCCAUGAAAAUUAUGAACACAAUCGCAAGGGUUACAUUCAAGAUCUUCACAACAGCAAGAUUCACGCAGCCAUAACGCUUCAUCCAAACAAAAGACCAGCCUACCAAUACCGGCUGCACAAUUACAUACUGAGUCGCAAAAUUUCUGAACUGCGCUAUCGGACCAUCCAGCUUCAUAGAGAAAGUGCCCUGAUGAGCAAGCUCAGUAACAGCGAAGUAAAUAAGGAAGAUCAGCAACUGGGAGUGCUCCCAUCUUUCAAUCAUUUCCAGCCUCGUGAAAGGGAUGAAGUCAUUGAGUGGGAGUUCCUGACAGGAAAAUUUCUUUACUCAAUAGCGGAGAACCAACCACCCCGGCAGAGCCUGAGCAGUGUCCUACGGGCUGCACUGGAUGACACUGUGAUGCAGGUCAUGGAAAUGAUAAAUGAGAACUCUAGAUCCAGAGGAAGGAUGAUUGAUUUCAAAGAAAUACAGUAUGGCUAUCGCAGGGUGGACCCCCUACAUGGAGUAGAGUACAUCCUGGAUUUACUGCUUUUGUACAAGAGGCACAAAGGAAGGAAAGUUACCGUUCCGGUGAGACGCCACGCUUACCUUCAACAACUAUUUAGCAAACCCUUUUUCAAAGAAACAGAGGAGCUGGAUGUAAGAAGCCUGCUGGACGAUGCCAAAACGGACACCAAUUCUUUCCCUUUUCUUUCAAAUUCUUUCAAGAUUUUUCCCUCAUCGUUCCAAGGUACCAAAGACAUUGGGGGGCACAAUGACAAGAAAAUACAUAUUCUUGUCCCUCUCACAGGCAGAUUUGACAUUUUCUCAAGAUUUAUGGACAACUUUGAGAAGACUUGUCUGAUUCCCAGGCAGAAUGUAAAGUUGGCAAUAAUUCUCUUCAAUGCUGUAUCAGGCCAAGACUCCAACAAACAUAUACAGCUAAUGAAAGAAUACAGCAUUAGGUAUCCUAAGGCAGAUAUGACACUAAUUCCGAUGGCAGGCAAGUUUUCUAGAGGUUUAGGUCUUGAAAUGGCCUCAUCUAGGUUUGACAAUGGCACUUUGCUGCUGUUCUGUGAUGUUGAUCUAGUAUUCACACCAGACUUUCUACAACGAUGCAGAGAUAACACUAUUCAGGGAGAACAGGUUUACUACCCUAUCAUCUUUAGCCAGUAUGAUCCAAAACUAAUAUAUGGAGGCAACCCUCCAGCUGACAGUAGUUUUGUUUUCACAAAACGAACUGGAUUUUGGAGGGAGUAUGGAUUUGGAAUUACGUGUAUAUACAAAAGUGAUCUCCUUGCUGCUGGUGGAUUUGAUACCUCAAUUCAAGGCUGGGGACUUGAGGAUGUAGACCUUUUUACUAAAGUGGUAACAUCUGGCUUGAAGGCUUUCAGAAGUCAAGAAGUAGGAGUUGUCCAUAUUUUUCAUCCAGUUCAAUGUGACCCCAAUUUAGAUCCAAAACAAUAUAAAAUGUGCUUAGGGUCCAAAGCAAGUACAUUUGCCUCUACCAUGCAGCUUGCUGAACUCUGGCUACAAAAACAUUUGGGUGUCAGGUACAAUCAAACUCUCUCCUGACAUCUCAGCCUAUUUGGCCUUUUUAAGGGAGUUUACCUCAUUAUUGUUGUUGUUAUUUUAUUUUGCUGUCGUAAUUUUAAACUCCCUCCUCCUCGUCUUCCAAAGACUGUUGACCUCAAAUGGGUUGAGACAUGGGUUGAGUCUGCUGUUCACUGAUGUUUCUUAUACCUACUGAACUGGUGAGGUGUAUUUCUUUGUAUUUCCUUCAUUUCAAAUUAAGUCAAGUCACAGCAAUCAUAUGGUCUCAUGAAGCACAUCAAUCACAAGAGACUGCAUCAGAACGUUCUCUUUCAGCUUUGGGAUGCAGUAUCAUCUUUGUUGCAUUUCUCAGAGAUUUAAUGUGAUACAAAUAUUUACUGGUGAAGGUACCACAAAAGUGCUUUAUGCUUCUUCUGGGGAUGGAACUCUAUAAGAUGAACUUGAGUUUUAUAAUUUAUAUGAGAACUUAUAUGUAUAAAUGCUACUUUUCUUUAGAAUUUUUAAAGUAAAUGAGUAACUAUGAUUGUAGCAUAU